CUUUCAAUUCAAGGCCAAACUCUCUCUCUUUCUGAGGAGGCAUUUUCCUCUCCUUUAACAUAACGCCAAAAAACGUUCUCUUUCUCUCUCCCAUUCUCUCUCUCUUUCACUUGUGCUUUUUGGGUUGCAGAGGCCAUUGAGAAAAGGGGAGAAAGUUUCAUUCGUUUUUGCUUUGUGAGUGGCUGAUGUUUUGGUUCUGAAUAGUUGGAGAUUGAGAAAAAGAAAGAGAGAGAGGGAGAGAGAGAGAGAUGGGUUCAUGUGUAUCAGUGCAUAAGAGCUCUAAAGAGUCAGCCAUGAAACUUGGGCUUUCUUUUGGGUCUAAAACAGACAAGCUGAUCAUUCCACCUUCACCUGUUAAAGAGAAACCUGCUGCCAAUGAUGACUUCACUCUCAAAUCUCAAUCUCCCUUUACUUUGAAAGAUUUAGGUAGUAAAGAUGAGACUUUUUUUGAUUCCCGAGCCUGGCUAGAUUCAGAUUGUGAGGACGAUUUCUUCAGUGUCAAUGGUGAUUUUACUCCAUCUCGUGGCAAUACCCCUGUUCAUCAUAGCUUUGCCAUGGGGACACCUCAAGCUAAGAAGGGCACUGAGGAAGGAUCUCCUGGGUCAGUCCCUGAAACAUCCCCAACAGGAAAGAAAAAGAAGCUGGUUGAACUAUUCCGUGAGAGCAUUAGAGAAGACCAAGAUGUUAAUGAGCUAAAUACCCCAAGGAACCAGGAUCUUGCUAAUGGAAAGAUAGAAGCCAAACCAACUAUACAAGACCUACUACCUCCAAAAUCUGCAGAUGCUACCCCCUAUGUCUCUGGAGCUAACUCCCUGUGCAGUAGUGAAAGGACUGCUAAUGGAGAUAACCCCAUUUUUAAGGAGAAGCCAUUUAAGUCUGUGCAGUGCUGCCUUCCAAGCUUGGUUUCAUGCAGUAGUUUUAGUGAGAGGAAGAAGAAGAUGAGCCCUGCAACAGUUGUACAUGUUAACCGCCCGUAGGUUGAGGAAGCCCGGAUCUUAACUCCCAGAGAUCAUGUCCUUGAGAAAACUUCAAAUUUUUGUCAGAUUUCACGAAGCCUUGGGGUCAUGUUAACAUACAUAUGGGAUUUCUGGAUUCCAGGCCAUGUAAAAAGCAGCCCAGUAAAUGUUUGAUGCAGAACUCCUAUUAGGAUUUUACCAUCUCAAUCAACCUUAAGGUAAAAAAUUUUCUUUUCGACAGGAAGUCAAUACAUAACAGGUGUUCUGUAAUAAAAACCAGAAGAAUCGAAGGAAAAUCGUAAAUGGCCCUUGUAAUGAAUAUAUAUUAUAUAUAUAUUAAGCAACUGAGGUGUUAUGUGCA